AUGACCACUUUCCCAUAUUUAAUUUUCUUAAUCAUCCUCGUAUCAUUAUGUAAAACACAAAGUGAAGAUUCCACAUGUGGAACAUCAUCAUGCGAAACCUUUGGACUUCAAAUCCGGUUCCCGUUUUCAACAAACCAACCAAAUCAAACCAAUCUAUGUAGUUACCCCGGUUUCGAACUCACAUGUAGCAACACCACCACCUUGAGUGAACCACUACUCACUCUUCCCAACUCCGAAACCUUUGUUGUGAAACACAUAUCUUUCAUUGACCAGACAGUUUGGGUCAACGAUCCCAACAAGUGUCUUCCCAAACGUUUCAUGUCCGACAAGCAUCAUGGUUUCAUGUCAAACCUUAAAGAUUCACCGUUUCGGUUAAGUGACUAUUACACUUUCGUUAACGUUUCGUUCCUAAAAUGUCCCUCGAAUUCAACUGUCUCAUCUAUGUUACGUCCCAUCAGUUGUUUGAACCUUGAUUACCCGGUGGUGGCUAUGAGAUCUGAUGAAACUCCGUUUGCUACUCCAUGGGUAGCUUUGUGUGAGUUUAUUACGUCGGCUAUGGUACCUGUUGAAGACACGAAUUGGUUGUUCUGGAAUGGUUAUUACUCUAAUAUAGCGUUGCAGUGGGAUAAUCCAGAUUGUGGAAGUUGUGAAGAACGUGGAGGAACUUGUGGUUUGGUUGAGGAAGAUCGUCUUCGUCUUGCUUGUUAUGAACUUCGCACACGAGAGGCCACAAGAAGAUUCAUUGGGGACGAAGAGACUAGUUUCUCCCGCAGAAGAUACGCUCCCCAAAUCCUAACCAUCAAUGAAUCGUCCACCUAUUAUAAUGCGGACGAGUCAGAAGCCCUAAAAUUUGAUAUCACCUUUUCUAAGAAGAAUGCUACAAGCAUACAUCCUCACAACAACAACCCCAUGGUCAUUACUAUAAAGUUUGAUGAUUGUGAGAUUACAAGGGUACUGAUUGAUCAAGGAAGGUCUACAAACAUCCUCUAUUGGGAUGAUUUAGAAAGGCUUUGCCUGAAUCUAUACGACCUCAAAGCUUUUCAAGGAUCAUUGGUAGGAUUUUAUGGAAAAUAA